CGGGAGAUAUGGCGACGACUGUCUCUACCGCAUACUGAGAAGCGGUUUGGAUUGCCAUGCCAUCGAUUACGGCUGUUUUUUCUCCUUAGUUUUAUUGGCUGCAACGUGUUGUAUAACUGUGUUUCAGAGGCGCUGUUGAAGUGACAAAUGCUCAUAACCUGUACACAUCUUUUCAGUUGCUCAGCUGUAACCUUUCCCGAAGCUGAGACCGCAGUGUUUCUGAAUGUGUUUGCUGUGCAUCUGAUCUGUGUUUGUCACCUUCGGCUAGAAACACAGAUGUCAACUGCAUCGCAGAUUUCACUUGGUCUCCUGCGAAACCGUUUGGAAUAACAGCUCGACACAUUUCUAUGAAGUAUUAUUUUAUGAGGAAAGCUUAAGCUAAUACUUUAAAGCUACAUUUCUCUGAAACACGUUUUCGAAGCCUAAGACGGCCUAUUUGUAGACUUUGUCCACAGCUGAUUAUACUAAAAAAUGAAUACAGAAAAAGAUUUUUCUCCUUUGACUCCAAAUAUUGUGAGGGCGCUCAACGACAAGCUGUAUGAGAAAAGGAAAGUCGCAGCUCUAGAGAUUGAGAAACUUGUAAGAGAGUUUGUGGCCCAGAACAACUCGAGUCAGAUUAGACAUGUCAUCCAGAUCCUGGCAUCUGAAUUCGCCCUUUCUCAGCAUCCCCACAGCCGCAAAGGAGGCCUGAUCGGCCUGGCUGCCUGUUCCAUCGCUCUGGGCAAGGAUUCUGGAUUGUACCUGAAGGAGCUGAUCGAGCCCGUGCUCACGUGUUUCAAUGACUCCGACAGUCGUCUGCGAUACUACGCCUGCGAGGCUCUCUACAACAUUGUGAAAGUGGCUCGAGGAGCUGUGCUUCCUCACUUCAACGUACUUUUCGAUGGCCUUAGUAAGCUCGCAGCGGAUCCUGACCCCAAUGUAAAGAGUGGAUCUGAGCUCCUUGAUCGCCUACUAAAGGACAUUGUAACAGAAAGUAGCAAGUUUGACUUGGUGGCUUUUGUUCCGCUGUUACGAGAGAGGAUAUACUCCAACAAUCAGUAUGCUCGCCAAUUUAUCAUCUCCUGGAUCUUGGUGCUGGAAUCAGUACCAGACAUCAACCUCCUGGACUACCUGCCCGAAAUCCUGGAUGGCCUCUUUCAGAUACUGGGCGACAAUAGCAAGGAGAUCAGGCGAAUGUGUGAGGUUGUUUUGGGGGAAUUCCUCAAAGAAAUAAAAAAGACUCCUUCCAGUGUGAAGUUUGCUGAAAUGGCAAACAUCCUGGUCAUACACUGCCAAGUAUCUGAUGAGUCCAAACUCACUAAUGAUCUUAUCCAGCUGACAGCCAUGACGUGGAUGAGGGAGUUUAUUCAGUUAGCAGGGCGGGUGGUUCUGCCAUACUCCUCUGGCAUUUUGACGGCUGUGCUGCCCUGCUUGUCUUAUGAUGACCGCAAGAAGCACACCAAAGAGGCAGCAGGUGCCUGCAACUACAGUCUAAUGAAGCUUGUGACACUGGAGGAUGAUGAAGAUGAAGAGCCACAGUCCACAACCUCGCUUCCUAGUAAAGACACAGCUAAUAAGAAGGAAGGCGAUCUUAAUGAUUCCUUGAAUGCUUCACAGGACUCGGUGGGAUUAAGCAACAUCUCUUUCUUCACACCAGCUGGAGCUGACAGGACUCAGGUGACACUGGACCUCGAUGGCAUUGUGCAAGUUCUGGACAGACACUUACGUGACGCAUCCACUGGAAUGAUGACACGCAUCGCUGUGUUGAAGUGGCUCUACCAUCUCUAUAUAAAAACACCCCGAAAGAUGUUCCGGCACACUGACAGUUUGUUCCCCAUGUUACUGAAGAGUCUUUCUGAUGAGUCUGAUGAGGUCAUCCUGAAAGACUUGGAGGUUCUAGCAGAGAUUGCUUCAUCCCCUGCUGGACAGACAGAGUACUCUGGGUCACGUGACAGUACAGAUAGAACGGAGCUUCAUGUGCCAGAUGGAAGCAAGGUUGUGCAGUUGGGUCUAGGUUCCAAAGUAGUCGACUCCUCUCCUUCUACUCCCAGCAUGAACUCUUACUUCUAUAAGUUCAUGAUCAACCUUCUCAAGCGUUUUAGUCUGGAGAGGAAGCUUCUAGAAACGAGGGGGGCCUUCAUUAUCAGGCAGCUGUGUCUUCUCCUGCAUGCAGAGAACAUUUUCCAUUCCAUGGCAGACAUCUUGUUGAAGGAGGAGGACCUGAAGUUUGCCUCCACCAUGGUGCAAACGCUCAACACUAUUUUGCUCACUUCGGCCGAACUCUUCCAGCUCCGGAACCAGCUCAAAGACCUGCGCACUCCUGAGAGCUGUGCUUUGUUCUGCUGCUUGUACCGCUCCUGGUGCCAUAACCCAGUGGCCACCGUCUCCCUCUGCUUUCUCACCCAGAACUACCGUCAUGCAUACGACCUCAUCCAGAAGUUUGCUGACCUGGAGGUGACUGUGGAUUUCCUUAUGGAAGUAGACAAACUGGUACAGUUAAUUGAAAGCCCCAUUUUCACAUACCUGCGGCUGCAGCUGCUGGACGUUGAGAACAACCCGUACCUGAUCAAGGCUCUGUACGGCCUUCUCAUGCUGCUGCCCCAGAGCCAGGCCUUCCAGCUCCUGUCACGCCGCCUACGCUGUGUGCCUAACCCCGAGCUCAUGAGGACCGUGAAGGACUCAAACCCAGCCAGUGCCAAGCGCACCACCCAACCACAGGUGGACUACAAAGAGCUCCUGCAGCACUUUGAGCAAGUGCAGAGCAAGCAUCUGAAAGUGCGGCACCAGAGGGCGGGCCACACUGAGCACCCAGACAGAAAGUUGGUGCUGUGAAGAACUGCAGCCGGCGCCCUCUUUGGCCUGGAGGAUGUGUGGUACGUGGGCUCCAGAGGAAAGUCAGACCUGGACCUCUAGCACCUGCUGUGGAGCUCCAUCUGCAGUAUGUGUUCUUGCUCAUGUUUUAAAGCUUUGAUCCUACUAUCGGCAUGGAGGACCUCAAUUUUUUUUUAAUUUUUUUUUUAGUGUUUGGAAAGUGCUUUAUGUUUAUGCAUUGGCAAAUCGGAGUGUAUAGAGAGAGAUGCACACUCAAGCAACUCACAUCCAUUUUGUUCAAGACUUUCUCCCAGUAGUCUUAUGCUUUCCAGCCAGUGAUGUCAAUGAAGCUGCCAACAGCAUUUAACAUUAUCCAUUUCGUACAGAAUACGAAGUGCUUUCCCAGCUGUAAAGUGCGACUGUCGGAUCUAGUCUAAAACACCAUCUAUAUCACAGCAUAAGUAGAUAUCAAAUGUCUGCACAUUUAGGUGACUUGGCAUUUAUGUAUGCAUUGUAUGUAACAGUAACUAGCAUUCUGUGUAUAUGGAAGAGUGUGUUAUGAGAUGAGAAUCUUGUUCAGUGGGCAUUAGGUCAUUUGGUUGCUUCUCCUGUCACAUUAGUGAAGUUCAGUGACUAGAGGGCACAAACUAGUGUGAGCUGGUUACAUUACCACUGUCUUGGUUGUCAUUUCUUCUCUCCUUUUCCUUGUCUUUAUUUUUUGUUUUUUUGUUUUUUAACCAGCAUGCUCAGAUGUAUUCAUUUAGUCUUUCAUCAUUCUGUAUUCUUUCAUCUUCUCUCUGCACGAUAAAUGCACUGUUGUCUUACUUGGUCACUGUAACAAAAGAAUGAGUCUUGGCCUUAUGUCAUCUAUCUUGUUUUUGUCAUCAGUCAUGUUCUAAAGAGAUGUAUGUAAUAAAGUGGACCACAUAUAAAUAUUUUGCUUGCCUAAUAAGUUUUAAAGUAGAUUUCUCUUUUGGUACAUUAUACCACAUAUAGAGAUUUUGCUUGCCUAAUAAGUUUUAAAGUAGAUUUCUCUUUUGGUACAUUAUUAAACAGGCCUAAAUUUAUCUGGUUUGGAAGAGAUUCUGUCAUUGCAAUUUUGUCCAGCAGAUGGCACUAUUGUCAUUAGGAGAAGAUGUGAUAAAUCUCUGCAAAGUAUUCUAAAUAUAGUUCCUACUUGUCGUUAAGAAAUUUUGCCUAAGUUUGAUCUUGCUCAUAGUUAUCUAUUACUUAUUUUUGUUAUUACUAUUAUUACUUAAUAUUUAUAUUAUUUAUUGUCCAGCUGUCAUCCAAAUUGCAACAGAAAGCGCAUUCUAAGCUUUACUUUAGGCCAGAGGUGGCCAUGUCCAGUUCUGGAUGACUGGGUUCAGCAUAGUGUAGUGAUAUCCCUGCUCCGGGAAACCUAGCCCUCAACAUUAACCAGCGAGUUAAAUCAGGGAAAUCACCAAAUUGUGACUGACUGGUGCGUCGGGGCUCUAUUUGGACACGUUUUCUCUGUACUGGACUGCGAUGCUUUAUCACAGACAUUUCUCUCUUUUUUUUUUUUUAACGUUUUCCCUUUGGUAAAUGUGACCAUUGCACAAGAGGCUUUUGUGAUUUUUUUUUUCCCCAUGGAAAAAAUCUCAUAUCUUAUAUUUCAGAUAAUGUGCCCAAUCAGUCCAUAUAAAGGCUUUCCUCUAUUUCCCAAAUUUCUUUUCAAAGGCCUGCACAGUAAUUUUUUUAAAUCUGUGAAAAAUGAUUAUUUCUUCGAAGAAUGUUAUAUAUUCCAGUAACUUCCAAUUUUUCCCCCACUAAAAUGACAUUAAAAGCAGUGUUUUGAAAUGUC